UUAGUUAAUGGUUAGCUGCCUCGUGUUAUUAUUUAAUCCGCUGUUAAAAAGAACAAACACCGGGACGUGUCUCCGGUUAGACAUCUGGAACUUGGGCGGUAUCGAAUGGGAUAAUCUGGAGAUGAUAGGACACGAAAUUCGCCAAAUCCUGCCGGCAUUUAUCGAAUCACGUGUGUAAUAAUCGCGUGCAUAUCGGUUAACGACAAUAAGGAUCCUGUGAUGACCGCAUAUAUCAAUUACACGUUGCAGCGUAUAUUUGCAUAAUAUCCACCAGCAGUGUAGCGACGAUUCGUAGAAAGGAGA